AUGGAUGAGCUCGAUCGCGGUCGCGUCGAUCGGGACGACGCGAGCGGGCUCCCGUCGUCGUCGACACCCCUCGGCGCUCAAAAAGAUGACGGACUCGGAGCGCACGAGAGCGUGAGCGAGAUCGUGAGCGAGGUGUUUUCGGGAUACGCGUGCCACUCCAUCGAGAGAGGGAUCGAGCACCCAGGAGACAUCGCGGAGGCGGCAUCACUAGGAUCGAUCGAUUUACCGCCGGCUAAAUAUCCGCUCUUCGACGCCAUCCGCGACGAGCUCGUGGACACGGGAAAGCUCAGCAAGCUCCAGUUGGAGGGCAUCUUGUUCGCUUGUCAGAAGCACUGCGAAUUUGCACCGGACGGUAAGCGUGCGGGAUUCAUGAUUGGUGACGGCGCCGGAGUGGGGAAAGGACGACAAAUCAGCGGGAUCAUAAUCGAUAACUUCGUGAGAGGGCGACGGAAAGCAGUUUGGAUUUCAAGCAGCGGCGACUUGCAUCGCGACGCGGAACGUGACUUGGGCGAUUUAGGUUGCACGAUCAAGGUGAUCAACAGUUGCCCAGAAAUUGAUCGCGAGACUCGUGCUUUCGGACUGUCGAAGGACUAUCAAGAGGGCGUUCUUUUCACCACGUAUAGCACGCUCGUAAGCAAGACGCAAAAGAAGAAUCGAUUAGAACAAAUCAUCGAGUGGUUUGGCGGCGAAAACGCUGACGGAGUGGUGAUUUUUGACGAGUGCCAUAAGGCGAAGAAUUUCAGUGCGGCCGCGGAUACAGGGAGCAAAGUCGCCUCGGCGGUGAUUACAUUCCAGGAUCGAUGUCCUCUCGCUCGUGUGGUUUAUGCGAGCGCCACAGGAAUCAGUGAAGUUGGAAACAUGACGUAUCUCUCUCGUUUGGGCUUCUGGGGCAAGGGAACGCCAUUUAAAUCCGCCGAUAGAUUCAUCGAGAGCAUGAAAUCGCGCGGGGUCGGCUUUUUGGAGAUGCUUGCCAUGGAAAUGAAAGCCAGUGGCAAGUACGUGAGUCGCGGAUUAUCAUUUCGACAGGCUGAGUUUGAACAACACACCAUUAAGCUAUCAAAGGAACAACGGAAGAUGUACAACGAUGCGUGCGAUUUGCUCUCUCUUAUUCGAGGCGCGUGCGUCGAGGCCGUGAAUCGAACAGGGAGCGAUAGAAAGAGCAUCAUGGGGGCGUACUGGAGCGUGCACCAGCGCUUCUUCAAGUUGCUCUGCAUUAGUAUGAAGGUUCCCAACGUCAUCGCCAAGGCGAACGAGGCUCUCGCACAGGGAAACUGCGUCGUCAUAGGAUUGCAAACAACCGGCGAAGCACAAGACAGUUCGGCCGAUUUGAAGUUUGGUGACGACGUGACCAAGUGGGGAUUCGUGAGCACGACGCGUGAGAUGCUCGUCAGCUUCUUGCACGUGCACUUCCCAACGGAGAUUCGGGGAGCUUCUGAUGGGGCGGCAGUGGAAAACAAGGCACCACCGCCCGACUGGACAGCGGAUAAUUGGAAACGAGCGGGCGGCGGCGAGAGUACCCGCGAUGGAGAGUACGCGGGGCGAUUCCAUACGGACGCACCGCCGUUGGUAGAUGAAGAGCUCGCUGAUGCGAAGGAAGAACUGAUAAAGAAGGUCAUCAACCUUGAUCUCCCGCCAAACUUUCUUGAUGCACUCAUCGAUGGAUUCGGUGGUCCUGAUCAAGUCGCAGAACUCACGGGUAGGAGCGGCCGCAUCGUUCGACGCGGAUCAAAGUUAUUGUACGAAGCCCGCGGUACGACAGCCUCGAGGAAAGGUUCGUCCAUCAGCGGCGAUGGUGACGUUCUGGGCGUCAACAUCGCUGAAAAGAAUGCGUUCAUGAGUGGCGAGAAGCUUGUCGCGAUCAUUUCCGACGCGGCGAGUACAGGUAUCUCUUUACACGCCUCGAAAGGCGCGGCGAAUGUUCGACGGCGCGUGCAUAUCACGAUCGAGCUUCCGUGGAGUGCGGACAAGGCUAUUCAGCAGCUUGGUCGCACGCAUCGCUCGAAUCAGGUCACUGGACCAGUGUACGUCAUGUGCUCGACGAACAUCGGAGGAGAACGACGCUUCGUUGCCGCGGUCGCUCGUCGUCUGCAAAGUCUCGGCGCGUUGACUCGUGGCGAUAGAAGAGCUGCGACGGGGAUCGAUCUAUCUGAUGGAAAUGUCGAUUCGUCGCUAGGACGUGAAGCGUUGAAGAAAGUGUACGAAUCGCUCGUCGCUUUGGAUUCAAAAUUACCAUCUGGCGUCUCGUUUGAGGGUAUCAUGGCGCACGUGAACGAAGACGAUCUCGAGGAGGGCAAACCCAUACGGAACUGGGAUGACUUGAAGCUGAGUCUUCGAUCCGCGCUGCUCGAGCUCGGAGUGCAGGUGGGGUUGCGAAACGAAGGGUUCUCUGUAGAAGAAGUGUCCUUACUGCAGGAAAUCGGCUACGGCAAUAAGGAUCUAGGAGACGUGCGCAGAUUCCUGAAUAGGCUUCUUGGUUUGCGAUUGCGCGAACAAAAUCUGAUGUUUGCAUAUUUCGCCGAGACGUUGGAUUGCCAAAUCAAGCUCGCCAAAGCCGAGGGCAAGUAUACCGAGGGAGUAAGCGAUCUCGGAGGGUCGUCGAUACGCAUCGCAGAAGAAUCGAACGUGAUUCUGAAGGAUCCAUAUCACGGUCAAACGCUCGUUUCUACGAAGAUUUUCAUUGAUCGAGGUAUUUCAUUCGAACGCGCGCUUGCGAUUUUGCAGAAGGGCAAAAGAACUGAUCGUGAUGGCUUUUACAAGAUGAAGCGUGAAAUGUACGGUCGUGCGCAAGUCGUCUUGGCGAUAAGCAAACCUGGUUCAAGGAAUCUAUUCAUGUUGUGGCGCCCUAAUACCGGACCGAGCUUGUUUGAGAUGGAGUAUGACGAACUUCGACAGAAGUACAAGAUUUGUGACUUGGAAAGUGCGAAACAACCUUGGAAAGACGUGUACGAGGUGACCGAGACGUCUUGCAUGCACGGAAAGAAUUGCCACGUGCGACAGACCAUGGGCGAGUGCACUGCGGGUAAGCGAACUGUGGAUUGUACCGUGAUCAGCGGUGCCGUUGUGCCGUGCUGGGGAGAGUUGGAGCGCACGUUGGAUCGUAACGCGCACAAAUUCAACAAGGCUGAUCGAGGCAUGCGAACGGUUCGAGUGAUAGAUGAAGAUGGGCGCAAAGUGAUUGGUUUGCGGUAUCCCGAAUCGCUCCUCGCGAACGUCAAAGAGCAAGUAGAAAUUCAGUGGGCUGAGAAGUUUUCAAACUUGGAAAACUUGAAGCUUCUCGACGGCGAUGGUGAUGACGCUCUGACUGCCGUUUUAGGGGUCACUGUCGAGCCGCCAACUCCUGUCGACGCGGCGUCCAUGGCAAAGUGCUUCCGCAAGGUAAAGACGAUGAAGGACUUCUUCGGCGCGGCAACGACGAAGACAGACAAUGCUUUGAAUGUUCCGAAAAGGCCCGCGGGUCCUGUCGCGGAGAGCACGCUCGCGCACAAAAAGGCCAAGCCUGCACCGAACGCGUUCUUCGAUCUUACGCGCACCUGA